AUGUCUACGACAUUACCAUUUCAGCUUCGUCGCCCUUCACUCUUUCGAAACCAGAGCCUCGUCGACGGUUGCUGGACGGAAGCUACAACCGGCAAGCGAUUUGAGGUGUUAGAUCCCGGUACGGGCGACGUAUGGGCCACAGCACCAGACAACGAUGCCAAGGACAUUGACGCUUUCGUCCAAGCCGCCCACACGGCCUUUCUCGCAUACCGCAAAUCCAGCCCCUUGGUCCGCUCACAACGACUCCAGAAAUGGGCGGCAUUGAUACAAGAUCACAAGCCAGAUUUGGCGACAAUAAUCACGUACGAGACUGGAAAGCCGAUUGCGGAUGCCAUGUUUGAGCUUGAUUAUUCGGUUAAUGCGAUUUCAUGGUUUGCGGGGGAGGCGAUGCGGAUUCAGGGGACUGCGUUUGAUUCUGUGGUGCCGGGGAAGAAGGCGUUGACGAUUAAGCAACCGAUUGGUGUGGCGGUGGGGUUGAUUCCGUGGAAUUUGCCAGUUGCGAUGGUGGUUCGAAAAGCGGGGGCUGCUCUGGCGGCUGGUUGUACAAUGGUGCUCAAGCCGUCUCCGGAGACUCCAUUAUCGGUCCUGUCGCUAGCAUUACUGGCUGAAGAAGCUGGAUUUGAGAAAGGUACUUUGAAUGUCGUGACGACCAGCCUCGAUAACACUCCAGCGGUCAGCGAGGCUCUCUGUCGCCAUCCGUUGGUCAAAAAGGUCACUUUCACAGGAUCGACGCGUGUCGGGAAACUCUUAGCCAAGACAUGUGCAAACGGCCUCAAGAAACUGACCCUUGAACUUGGAGGCAAUUGUCCGUAUAUCGUGUUUGAAGACGCGGACUUGAAUCAAGCUGCGGACGGACUCAUGGGACUCAAAUGGCGAAAUGCCGGCCAGGCAUGCAUCAGCGCAAAUCGCGUCUACGUCCAGUCAGCCGUAUACGACCAGUUCGCCAAAAUCCUGGUCGAGAGAACCUCAAAAAUAGUCGUCGGCCAUGGCGCAUCAACGACCUCGACAAUGGGCCCCGUCACCACGCCACAGAGCAUCGACCGCUCCGAGCGACAAGUCGAAGACGCAAAGAAACACGGCGUUCGAAUUCUGUUGGGUGGAAAGCGUAUAGAUAGACCAGGAUUCUUCUUCGAGCCGACUAUUAUCGCUGAUGCUACGACUGAUAUGCGUAUAACCGACGAGGAGAGUUUUGCGCCUAUUCUUACCUUGUAUCGAUUUGAAACAGAAGAAGAAGUUGUGCAGGCUGCUAAUGCAACUUCGAUGGGCUUGGCGUCGUAUGUUUUUACGAAGAACGUCGACCGGUCAUGGAGGUUGCUUGACGAGCUUGAAGCUGGAAUGAUCGGCCUUAAUACUAGUGCAAUCUCUGGCGCAGAACUGCCCUUUGGGGGCACAAAGGAGUCUGGGUAUGGCAAGGAGGCUGGCAAGGACGUCGCGGUGGAGGAGUAUCUUGUCACAAAAGCGGUUUCGUUUGUUGUAGAGCGUAGACUGUAG